AUGAGGACAUGGAAGAAAACUUUUAAAAGCGACAGUGAGGAGGAAAGAUUUUUCAAAACAGAUAUAUUCUACAGUUAUCUAUCCUCGAAUAAUAUGGAUUUAAUCAGUCAUGAAGAUGAGAAUCGAUCGCGUGAAAUCACAUUGGAAUAUCUGAACUUCCUGGAUGAUUCUGGUGAUGACAAAGUUUACAUGCAAAAAUGUGAAGAUAUGAUCAAGGAGAAUGGAUCAAGAAUUAUCAUCAAUCUAAAUGAACUUCGGAAAAAACUUCCACAGCGUGUUAAUGGGCUGUUGCGAAAUUUUGUGCCUGAAAUUCUAUGCUUGCAACAAGCGAUGAAGGAUUACGUAAGCCGGUUAGAUCCGGAAUAUGGAAAAAUUCGGGAUUUCACCGUUGGUUUCGAAGGCAGUUUUGGUGAUCGACAUGUAAAUCCUCGAACAUUAAAGUCGCAGUUUCUGGGUAGUAUGGUUUGCUGUGAAGGUAUCGUCACCAAAUGUUCUGCGUUACGUCCAAAAGUGGUUCGUAGCGUACAUUACUGUCCUGCAACUAAAAAGACAUUUGAACGUCGUUACACCGAUUUAACAUCAUACGAUGCUUUCCCGUGUAGCACAGUUUACCCUACUGAGGAUGAGAACAAGAAUCCACUCGAAACGGAAUAUGGCUUAAGUACUUAUCGAGAUCAUCAAACAUUUUCUAUACAAGAGCUGCCAGAGUAUGCGCCACCAGGGCAACUACCGCGUUCAGUAGAUGUCGUGGCCGAUGAUGAUUUAGCUGACAGCUGUAAGCCUGGCGAUCGUGUCCGUGUUAUAGGCUUAUACAGAUGUUUACCGAACAAACAAAAUGGUUAUACCAGUGGCAGUUUCAGAUCGAUUAUUAUUUCCAGUAAUAUACAAUUAUUAAGCAAGGAGAUGCAGCCAAAUUUCUUACCAGAUGAUAUUAAAAAUAUUCGCAAAAUGAGCCGACAAAAAAAUAUAUUUGAUACGUUGGCAAGGUCGUUAGCACCAUCGAUUUGUGGUCACGAUGAAGUGAAGAAAGCAAUACUUUGCCUGUUACUUGGUGGAAAUGAAAAGAUUCUGCAGAAUGGUUCACAUAUUAGAGGAGAUAUUAAUAUACUUUUGAUUGGUGAUCCAUCAGUGGCAAAAAGUCAGUUGUUGAGAUAUGUACUGCAUACCGCACCACGCGCCAUAGCAACUACUGGACGUGGCUCAAGUGGCGUGGGUUUGACGGCAGCAGUUACAACUGACAUUGAUUCCGGAGAACGCCGUCUCGAAGCUGGUGCAAUGGUUUUAGCUGAUAGAGGAAUCGUUUGCAUUGAUGAGUUUGACAAAAUGUCUGAUAUUGAUCGUACAGCAAUACACGAAGUGAUGGAACAGGGACGAGUAACAAUUGCUAAAGCUGGAAUUCAUGCAAAAUUGAAUGCGAGGUGUUCUGUUCUUGCUGCUGCAAAUCCAGUAUUUGGAAGAUAUGAUUUAUUCAAAACACCCAUGGAAAAUAUUGGCAUGCAAGAUUCACUGUUGUCCCGUUUCGAUCUUAUAUUUGUCUUGAUGGAUGAGCACGAUCCAAAUCAUGAUAAUAAUGUUGCGGAGCAUAUCCUGAAACUUCAUCAGUAUCGUACGCCCGGUGAACCGGAUGGUGCAGUGCUACCAAUGGGAGUUGAUAUUGAAACACUUACGACAUUUGAUAUGGAAGAAGUAUCCACGACAAGCGAAACUUACGAAAAAAAUAAAGACUGGUGUGCUGGUAAGGCAAGUGACAAAUUGUUUACAAUGCAGUUUGUACGAAAGUACAUUCAUAUGGCAAAAUCCGUGAAACCGAAAUUGACGGAGGAAGCUUCUGCUUAUAUAAGCGAAUGCUAUACUGAACUACGCUCAUUUGAUACAUCCAAAACCGAUCGCGAGCGGACUAUGCCAGUGACAGUAAGGCAAUUGGAAACAUUGAUUCGUAUUUCAACAGCUAUGGCAAAAGCACGAUUAGCAAAGGAUGUGGAACGAUCAGAUGCAGAGAAGGCUUAUCAAUUAUUGCAUUACGCAUGCUUUAAAGAAAAGCCAAAAGAACGACUGGAAUUGGAAGAAAAACGUAGAAGGAAACAUGGAACAAACGAAGAAAGUGAUGAUGAUGAUGAAGCAGAGGAUGAAGAAAUUGAGGAUUUGGAGAAUUUAACUUCGACAGAAAGAAUGGCAACACAGACUUCAUUUCGACGCUCGAAAAGAUAUGGUGGCGAUACUCAAGUAUCUGGUCUUACUGAUUCAGAAACAACUACAGCACGUCUGGGUGAAUCUAGCAUGGAUAAAACAAUGGAUACUUCGGAGCUGAAUGGUCCUAGUCCAAAACGACCACGUCAUGAAACACCAUCUAUUAGCAUCGAUCGGUAUAAAACAUUCCGUAAAUAUUUGAGAAAAGCUUUCGAUGACUGUGGUAAUCCAGAUGAUAUGAUCGAACUUUCCAUAAUCCGCAAUGCAAUUCAAGAGCAAGCUGGACGAUUACCGUUUAGUGAUGGAGAAUUUGAAGCAGCUUUCGAACAGCUAACAACCGAAAAUAUUGCAAUGAUUGCAGAUAAUCGGAUUACACUCAUCUAA